AUGCCAGGCGGUACUGUCGCUCCUGUUACGGGCAACCCGUUCAAGACGGGUCUGUUCCCCCGGAUGUACCUUUGGGCCUUCAUCCUCGUCACGUCGCUGUUCUUCCUGUGGGGCUUCGCCUACGGCCUCCUCGAUGUGCUGAACAAGCACUUCCAAAACGUUCUCGGCAUCACCAAGCUCCAGUCUACUGGUCUUCAGGUCGCCUACUUUGGUAUCGGUUACUUCUGCUUCUCGCCUGUCGCUGGUUUCGUGCUCCGCCGCUGGGGUUACAAGAAGUGUAUCCUGAUGGGUCUCACCUUCUACUCGAUCGGUGCUAUUCUCUUCUGGCCCGUUGCCAAGGCUUCGACCACUUCCACCAACAAGCAGGGUGUGUUCGGUGGCUUCGUCGUCUGCACUGCCAUCAUUGCUUGUGGUCUCUCGUCGCUUGAGGUCGCCGCCAACUCGUACGUCUCGGUCAUGCCCCCUCUCGAGGUCGCCUCUCUCCGUCUUCAGUUCUCGCAAUCGUUCAACGGUGUCGCCUCGUUCGUCGGCCCCCUCAUCGCCUCCAAGUACUUCUUCUCGAGCGAAAACUCGACCGACCUCUCCAGCGUCCAGUGGGUCUACCUCGCCGUCGCCUGCAUGGGUGCCCUUAUUGCCGUCGCCUUUGUUUGCACCAAGCUCCCCGAGGUUUCCGAGGAAGCUCUCGAGGCUGCCGUGGAGCUUGAGGAGAUGGAGGACACCACCCCCAAGAGGCCCCUCUGGAAGGAGAUCCGUGCCACUACCGGUUUCGUUGCGCAGUUCCUCUACGUCGGCGCCCAGGUCACCAUUGGCGCGUUCUUCCUCAACUACACCCACGAGAACGCAGGAAUCGAGGACACUCGCGGCUCGCAGCUCCUCUCGUACGCCCUCCUCCUCUUCACCGUUGGCCGUUUCGUUGGUGUCGCGCUCCUCUCGGUCUUCACCGCCCCCGUCCUCCUCUUUGCCUACGCCUGCAUCUGCACCGUCAUUGCUAUCCUCAUCGGCACUCUCCACGGCAUGGGUGGUGUCGCUUGCAUCAUGCUCAUCAUGUUCUUCGAGUCGAUCAUGUACCCCACCAUCUUCGUUCUCGGCACGUCUGGUCUCGGCCGCAACACUCGUGCCGGCUCGGCCCUCAUCGUCAUGGGUGUGUCUGGCGGUGCCGUCUUCCCUCCCAUUCAGGGUGCGAUUGCCGACCACUUCGGUACCCGUGUCUCGUUCUACCUCGUCGUCCCCUGCUUCAUCUACAUUGCCCUCUGGGCUGUCUUCAUCUGGAACAAGGACGGCCGCCAGUCGACUGUCUUCGGCAACAAGGCUGCCGAGGCCGCUCGCCGCCCCUCGCUCCACGUCGAGAACGGUGUCCUUCGUGUCCACAGCCGCGUCAGCGUUUCGCACCCCCACCCCACCGCCCAGAGCCCGUACGACGAGAAGGCUACUGCCCACUACGACGAGAAGGCCACCGACUACGGUCUCGAGUCGGUCGCCUCGAACAAGUAG